UUUAUGGCUGCACUAUUACGAAGCAGAUCUGAUAACAACAUGGAUUGACUUUCUAUCGUUUAACCACAUGGGGUCGCCCUGUGUGGAUGCGUUGCAACUCAGCGGGGACAACUUGCGAAACAGGCAAGUUAGCUAACUAGCUGGACCAAUAUGGCAGACAAGGAACCGAAGCGGUCUGACGCCCCUUUCGCGACUAGGAUAGACCCGAGCAAGGAGGACCUUUCUAGAGAACAGUUGCACUUUAUCAAACAGGUGGAGCUGGAGCAAUGGAAGAAGAGGACGCAAAAGCUGCGGACGCGAAACGUGCUGACCGGGGUCGCCGUAGGCGCGCUUGUACUGGGCAUCUACGGCUACACAUUUUACUCUGUCGGUAAGGAGCGAAUCAUGGAUGAGAUAGACGAGGAGGCUAAGCGAGCCCGAAUGCCAAAGACGGGCACCAACUGAAGACAACCUGUUGGCACCGCAGCUGACCUUUUUGCUCAUCUCAAAGACAGCAAUGGACUUUAUCGUCAACAGGGACUUAAGUGAAAGAAUAGUCUCUGUGGUUUUGCAGCCAUUUUGUGCAAAAUCUGAAGUGACCUGUUGCGGACAAUGCAAAACAGCAGCACGUAAAGCAACACAAAAUUGUUGUAAUUAACUGUAUUUAUGUCUAUAAAGUGAAACAUAGAAUAAAAUUGAUUCAUGUUGUUUUGCAAAAACACACUGGGUCAUUUUUUUCAAAACUGGUAUUUAUUGAGCUGGGAAAUCCACAGUAGUAGAGAAAUAGAAAAUAAGACCUAUAGUACAGAUGGAGGAAAAAGGCACAGAUGGCAGCAGCUGAAUUGUACAUUUAGUUAAUCAUCUACAUUGCACGUUAUUUUGCAAAUCUUUGAAUAUAUUAUUUUUGAUAUUUUUUUUCUCAAUGUUCAGUGUGACUAUUUGCUAAGGCACAUUGACAAUGGACAUUCUCCUUUGUUUUAUGUAUUUUUUUUCUGCUAAAAAUGAACACAGUUGACCAACAAGCAAUGUGUUAAAUGAAAACGCUAAAGUGCAUGAGGUGCUUCCUUGCGAUCCUAAUAAACUAACA